AUGGACAUAGAAUCCAAAGUCAUCCCCAGACCAGGCAAUCAUCCUGAUGCUAAGGCCGAUGCUCUCGGCGUCUUCAAAAUACUCCAGUCGGGCGGGGUAGCCCUUGUCCCAACCGAAGUCGGGUACGGUCUCAUGGCUUCCUCCACCGAAGCGAUCCAAAAAGCAUUUGCCGCGAAAAAGCGUCGACCAGGCCACGCGCAAGGUGUCAUUGGGUCAUUGAAACUGCACCAAGAGCUUCAUAUUCUUCCAGACGAAACAAUGGAGAUGAUUCGGGUGCUGCACCAGGAUCUCGACAUGUCAUUUGGUGUCGUCGCCCCGUACCGAUCGGACCAUCCGAUUCUUCAACAGCUCACGCCUGCUACAUUGGCAAACACGACCAAAAACAACACCUUGGGGAUAUAUAUAGGCGGAAGUUCUCUCAUGAUGGAGCUGAGCCGUUUGAAUGACGAGGCAGGCCAGUUGAUGUUGGGUUCUAGUGCCAAUUUGACGGGCACGGGCCAAAAGUUCAGAGUGGAGGAAGUCGACGAUGGGAUCAAGGAGGCUUCUGAUAUCAUUGUUGACUAUGGUUUGCAGCGAUAUCACAUAUAUGGAGGACGCCCAUCUACUAUCAUCGAUUUUGAGAAUAUGAAGGUUCUUCGGGUGGGCUCUUCCUACGAGUUAUUGAGGGAACGUUUGAAGAAGUACUGGGGGGUUGACUUACCGGAGGAUCCGAUGUUUGGUAAGCCGAAAUCGGAAGACACAGAGCAGAAACCAGCGGAUGCCCCCCAAGAACAGGCACAGAAAGGAGCGACGAAGUUUCAAACUUCCACAAAGGUUGAAGAAAAGCAACAGAAAUCUUGGCGAAGGUUUGUGACGAAGCUACAGGGGCAUUGA